AUGGAUGCUAGUGAGAUGGAUGCUAGUACAAUGGAUGCUAGUGCAUCACCCACAAAGUCGAAGGACGGCGGCUACUUCCAAUGCGGAUUCUGCAGGCGCCAUUAUAAUCGUCCUGACCACCUCAUCCGCCACGUCCGUUCUCACACUCGCGAGAAACCCUACGUCUGUGAGGUCUGCGACAAGGGCUUCGCCCGUCCUGACCUCCUGAAACGCCACGCCACAGGCCACGCCUCGGACCGGGAUCGCAAGAGGAAACGUAAUUGGUCCUCGCCAAUUUCAAAACAGAGCCGUGUCUCUCAGGCUUGCAAGACCUGUGCUUCUUCGAAACUGAAAUGCGACGAGGAGAAGCCUUGCCGCCGCUGCCGUGAACGCAAUCUGCAGUGUGACUGGCACGAUGCUGCGCAAGAUUCUUCCCCAGAGCCUAACUCGGCCCCCUCGGUCGCCUUCGAGCCGAUGCCCAGUCCCAUGGAUGAAUUAUCAACAAUGGCAGCGACAGUUACCGCCACAACCGCGACUCUCCCAUUACUCUCUCCAGAAAUGCCCGCGUCCGAAUUGGUCGAAUAUACCGGCCAGUCCCCCCAGUUUCAGCAUCCGGCCAUCUCACCUACCGACCAAGAGAGCGGAGUUUUCAGUGUUGAUGGCACUUUCUUCCCUAACUUCAUACCAGACUCUUUGGUCUCCUCGCUAAACCGCUAUAACGAUCCCUUUGAACCAUCCAGCCUAAUUCCCGAGUUCACCCACUAUGGCGCCUUGGAAUACCCGCCCUUCGACUUUAAUCUAACUGAUGGUGACUUUGGCCUCAUCGACAUGUAUAACUCUGGCAAUAUAUUCCCGAGUAUCUACGACGAAAAAGACCAGCAAGACUCCUUUGACGCGGACAGCGGGAUCGGCAUUGGCGCCGAAGCCUACAAUCGCUCUUCUCUCUCCGCAUGGAAGCCCGCCCAGGAGGACAAGGCUGGUGUCGAUCACGAGAGCUUAUCGAUUCCGCAGAAUAUCAACAGUCCCGAGGCUAUUGCCACACCAGAUCAACAGAUUCUGUGUGAUCGGCUUUCCUCCAGUAGCCGCGAUCUCAUCUUUGGCCUUGUUUUGGAGAUCAGCCGAGAGGUCAACUUGACCCGCAUUAUGAAGUCAUUUCCCAGCACCGAACUGCUGGAUGGCCUGAUUCAACAGUGCUUCGAGCGCCAAGCAAGAAAUGUCGUCUCCUUCGUCCAUGCCCCAACGUUUCGGCCGAACAGUGAGCAUGCAAGUAUUCUCGCGGCAAUGGCUUCUUCUGCGGCGGUUCAUUCGCCGAUUCCAACUAUCCGGAAGCUGGGAUACGCCCUCACCGAGAUAGUUCGACUAUACAUGCCUACCAAAUACGAAAAUGACAACAGUACGACGCGCGAUCUGCGGGCUUCGCAAACAUACGCCCUGACUAUCGACACUGGCAUCUGGAGUGGAAAUCGGCGGAAGACGGAGAUUGCCGAGAGUUUCUCGCAGCCUCUAAUUACCAUGCUCCGUCGAUCUCUACGUUUCCGGCGUUCAGUCUACACUAGUAUCGUACCUCUGCCCGAGGACGAAGGGGAAAUCCUUGAGAAAAAGUGGCACGCAUGGAUUGAACAGGAGUCUUUCAAAAGACUCGUCUACCAUGUCUUCGUCCACGACGCGCAAUCUGCGGCGACGCUGAACGUCAACCCGCUCAUUACAUACACCGACUUGGACCUCCCGCUACCAGCAGCUCGUAAAAUAUGGGAGGCAAAGUCGGCUAUGGAAUGGAAGGAGCUCCUCUGCAAUGUCACCUCCGAGCGCAUGCCGUCGCUCAUCGACCUUCUGCGCGACAUGUCGCAACUGUCAAUAUUCCAAGAUCGUGUCGACACACAAUUGUCCGCUCUCGUCCUUCUUCACGGUCUCUCCGCUUUGGUUAAUGAAUAUCACCGACUCAGGUUCAUCUCGGGCGGCGACUCUAAACAUUGGCAUGCUCUCGUUACCAACUCGCGACAACAAGAACUGGAACAGGCACUUCAACAUUUCCGCUUGGUGUGUUCAGAGCUUCGUGUAAAGUGCCGACCGGAGAUAAUCCUGGUCUGCGAAGUGGUCUCGAUGCUCCUGCACAUGUCCUUGGAAGAACUACAGCUCUUUGCCGGCAAAGAGGACAAGCAAGAAGCACGGCGUGUCUACCAAUCCGCUCUGGAAUGGAUAACCAGCCCUGACUCGCGUCGUGCCAUUUGGCACGCCGGCCAAACUCUCCGUGCGGCGCGCCAGAUGGCCCCAGGCUCUAUAACCGGGUUUCUUGCUAUCGGUGUUUACUACGCAAGUCUGGCGUUUUGGUCGUAUGGGGUUGUUUCCAAAGCCAGAAACUCCCGGUCAAUUGAGAGCCCCCGUCUCUCCCAGGGACCCACCGUAUUCCUUGAUGCGGACGAAGUGCCUGAUGUGUCAAAAUUUGUCACUUUGGGAUGUGGCUUCCCGGCCUUGCAGAGUGCAGGUGGACCCCUAUACCUUGUAGACCCCGGGACAACGAUGCAACUAGUACAAUCGGUGCUCCGGCCAUGUGUGCCUGAGCGAGCGCCACCUCUAGUCCAGAGCCUUGCACAGCUGAUAGGAGAUCUAGGGGCUGCUGUGUAUACUAAAUGA